AUGGGUAAUUUCACUACCAGUGGGUUUCUUCUGAUGGGAUUUUCUACCAAGCCUGAGCUAGAACUCUUCCAUACUUGUCUAUUCUUAGUCUUAUAUAUGGUGGCCUUAACUGGAAAUCUCCUUAUUAUCACCGUGACUUCCAUGGACAGUAGUCUGCACUCACCCAUGUAUUUCUUCCUGAAACAUCUCUCCUUCCUGGACCUGUGCUACAUUUCUGUGACUGUGCCAAGGUCCAUCUACAACUCUUUCAUGCAAAAUGGCUACAUUUCCCUUGGGGAAUGCAUAGUGCAGUGCUUUGCUUUCACUCUCUGUGCUUCUGCAGAGCUGUUCAUGCUCACCGUGAUGUCUUAUGACCGCUACGUGGCCAUCUGCCUUCCACUGCGCUACGAAAUCAUCAUGGAUGCCAGCACCUGUGUUCACGGAGUCUUAGGCGUCUGUAUUAGUGGAGUCAUAACUGGAACCAUGCACACAGCGGCCACUUUCUCCAUGCACUUCUGUGGCUCCCAUGUCAUUCACCAGUUCUUCUGUGACAUCCCCCAGCUGCUGAAACUCUCUUGUUCUAAGGAGUAUAUCAAUGAGAUUGGGGUCAGUGCCUUUUUGUCCCUAAUGGCACUUCUUUGCAUUGUCUUCAUUGGACUGUCCUACACACAGAUUUUCUCUACCGUCCUGAGGAUGCCGUCUGCUGAGGGCAGAGCUAAGGCUUUUUCCACUUGCCUUCCCCACCUUGGUGUGGUCAUAUUGUUUAUUUCAACCAGUGUCUUUGAAUUUUUCAAGCCAACUUCUGACUCUCCCAGUGCACUGGACAUUUUGCUCACUAUUAUGUACACAGUUGUGCCCCCAACACUCAACCCAAUGAUCUAUAGCUUGAGAAAUAAAGCCAUAAAAGUUGCUUUAAGAAGGGUCUUCCAAAAAAGAAAAGAUGAUCUCUUCUGUUGA